AUGACCGACUCCCCCUACACGCAACUGCCCACCUGGCCCAGCGCCUACCCGUCCACCGGCGCCACUGCCGUGCUGAAAAGCCUCAACGAAGACUUCAUCGUGACCGAGCUGCCGCUGCAGCUGCCUGGCGGCACGGGCGAGCAUGUGUGGCUCGAUGUCGAGAAGAACGGUGCCAACACCGCCUUCGUCGCGCAGCAGCUGGCCGCUGGCCGCCGGCGUGGCCGAACAAGGACGUGGGCUAUGCCGGCCUGA